UCUAUCGUUUGCUAUAAUAAUUCUGGGAAAAUUUAUUUUCAUCUCGUUCAAGGCCGCAAAUCAGGAUCUGAUUGGAUCUGUUGAUUGUUGCUGCACACUUAUUUGUAGUGUCAUUACAAUUUUUGAGUUCUGCGUGAACACAAGUGUUUUUGUAAGUAUGUCCGGACCAUUUCUAUCUCCGUUGCCAGGUGAUUUACUUUUGACCGAAUACAUGUUGGGACGACGACGUCAACGUCGUAAUCGAACCACGUUUACACCCCAACAACUACAAGAGCUCGAAAAUCUUUUUAAAAAAACUCAUUACCCGGACGUUUUUCUAAGAGAAGAAGUCGCGCUCCGCAUUUCAUUGAGUGAAGCACGAGUUCAGGUGUGGUUCCAAAAUCGUCGAGCUAAAUGGCGCAAGCAGGCGAGGCUAAGCCUUCUGCAGGAUGCAUGGCGCCUAAGGUGUCAACUCAAUAUAACAAAUACAUCUUCAAUGAUAACAAAUGAACAUCAACGACAAUCACCUAAACCAGAUACACCAUCACCGUCGUCUCCACUUCCAUUAAUUGCUCAGAAUUUAUCAAAUUCGCCAAUAUCAAAGAUCAAUGACAUAAAAACAUUGAAUGAUGCAUCUGAAGAAUAUAAUCAAAGUCAAAACAAAAGUGAAAAUUUUACUUUGAUGCAUCCAGCCUUCCAAAAUGUGUUGCAUAAUAAACGGAAAUACUACGGUGCAAUUGACGCUGCGGCAAUAUAUAAUAAAAAUUGUUCCGAUCGUGAUGCAGGUAAUUGCAAUGCAUUAUUGGCAAAAAUGGACACCAAUUCUCACGUGAUUGAUGGGCGAAAAAUUGAUCGCAUGCGAAAUAUUAAAAAUGAUUUUUCCAAUGAUGAAAUAAGUCAGGAUUCAUCUGAUUCCGAGGAAAUUGAUUUAACUUCAAACAGUUGCAUUGAUUUUUCCAAUAACAAUAACAACGACAUAGUUAAUGGGAAAAGUGAAAAAUGUGGUAUCAACACUUUUUAAAAUCAUGAGUGUUUUCAAUUGAUAUAAACUACAAAG